AUGUAGACCUUACACCACUUCGUCGUUUUGUCAGUAUGAGUGAUGUCUUGUUUUCGCUAUUGUCGUGGAGGGCGAUGGAGGAUUGUCUUCGGACCGAUUGCAGUUGUGUUGUAUUGUCUCAUCGUAGCUGUCGUCAUCCCAUUGGCUGCCGUGGAGAUGGCUGCGCGGGAAAAGCAAAUUCUCUCACGAAGGAUCGGGUGGUUUACAGCCGGUUUGCUCGUCGUUUUCACUUUGCCGAUUAGUCUGUGGGACAUUGGGUUUCAUCUCUAUCAUUACACUUAUCCUCCUUUACAACGACAUAUUAUCAGGAUACUGUGGAUGGUACCUGUUUAUUCGAUAUGCUCAUGGAUUGGACUUCGUGCCGAUGCCACGCGUGUUUACAUGGAGAGUCUCAUUUCUCUCUACGAGGCAUUUGUCGUGUACAGUUUCAUGCACUACCUGACAUCAUACCUUGCAAUGGAAUACGACAUAGUGGCCGUACUGGAGAGGAGACCUCAGACGUAUCACAUGAAACCGUUUUGUUGCCUUCAAGUAUGGUUGAAAGGAAAGCAAUUUUGGAAGUUGUGCAGGUUUGGUGUUUAUCAGUACACUGCUCUCAAUCUUCUUGUCACUAUUAUUGCAUUGGCAUGUGAAUUUGCGGGCAAAUACGAAGAUGGCAAAUUCUCAGGAUCCAACCCGUGGCUCUAUCUCUGCAUCACAACCAACUUAUCACAGAUUUGGGCAAUGUAUUGCCUCAUUCUCUUCUAUCAAGCAACAAAGAAAGAGCUGGAGCCAAUCAGUCCAUUUAUGAAGUUCCUUUGUAUAAAGGCAGUUGUUUUCUUCUCAUUCUGGCAGCGUGUUUUUCUUGAUGUUUUGCAAGCUGCUGGAGCUUUAAAGGCUAUUAAUCCGGACAAGAAUUUAACAUGCGGAGCAGACUCCAACUGUGGCUGGAAUGCACAUCAGAUACAGGAACUUAUUAUUUGUAUUGAGAUGUUCUUUGCCGCCAUCGCCCAUCAUUUUGCCUUUUCCUAUAAACCAUUUGUAGACCAGGCUGCGUCUCGUCCGUCACUUUGUAAAUCAUUCUGGCUCAUGUUUGACGUCAGAGACGUUCAUCAAGAGACACUAGAGCAUGCAGAAGACACGAAAAUCAGACUAAUGGAAUAUUCAAAAAAAAUUCGAGGUUACACAUUGCCACAAAAUCAAGGUGACACAGAAUCCGUUCCUUUGUUAGAGAUGAGCACGGGAAGAGGCAAGGAAGGUGGCGACUUGAGGCAUACAAGUUCACACCCGGUUGAUAUUAAUAGAUCUCCUACUUCUCAAUCUGGAAAUGAUGGGAGAAGAAGUGAUGGUGAUGGUAUGAGUUCUUUACGAGAUUGUUUUGUGCGAGACUCAUAUCGCGAAGCACCGACAGUUGUUAGUGUGAAAGAUGCAGUUCAAGGCAGAAUAAGUGUGAGACAAGAUGGCGAUAUCGAUGACACGACAUUGUGACGUCAGAGAUGAUUAUGUUGUGUAGUUAUUUGUGUAGUUUCUAGAUAUCAAUGAGUUUAGUCACUUAUGCUUUAUGAUUAGUCUAUAGAUUCUGAAAUAUUGAAUUUGAA